AUGGCAAAUAAUAAUCCCGAAACGCUUGCUCAGUUUUAUGGACUGUUUUUAUAUAAGAAGAAGGAUAUAAUAGCUAUUCAGGAGAAACUCGGUAUUGGCCCUGGCAAUGCAAAUGAAUUAGUAGUGCCUCCAGAUUCCGAGUUCAUGGGGAAAACACUUGCCGAUUCUUACGAGCUGUUGUUAGAAUUGGUAGGGGAUUUAAUACCGAUUCAGGAGAAACUCAACAUUGAUGGUAAUCCCAUUCUAGAAGAGGCACUCCGAAGCAAUAAAGCUUCUACAGAUAUUCCAUUUGGUGAAAUAUUUAAUUUGUUUAUGUGUUUGGAAGAGGAUAUAAUAGCAAUUCAGGAUAAACUUGACAUUGUUGGCUAUUCUAAUCAAGAAAGGGCGGAAGAAGUUGAUGAAAAUAUGAGAGUAUGUCUCUGGAAGCUUAAGGAGUUUCAUGGUUCCUUAGAGAAUGAUCCAGGUGUGAUAUUUCCGAAAUAUGGUGAAAUGGGUGUAAAGAAAAUUAUGUUUACUGGAGAGGGGCUUCCAUUAUUUCUGAAGCUCUCUCCUCAACAAUUGCACGAAAUAUUCGUCAAAAAUCCAUCUAGUGCCGGUCAAUGCCCAUGUCUAGAACAGGGCGCAAAAAAAUCUUCCGAGCCACUCAGGGUUGAUGAUCAUUGUAGGAUCGAACUAAAAAAAUCCUGCCUCAUUUCUUCCCUUCGAUCAAAGAUCUUCAGGGUGGAUAGCUAUAUAUCAAAUUAA